GCCAUCUCUCUCUCUCUCUCUCUCUCUGCAAAAUUCUUUCUUUUCUUUUCUCCCCAAAAAAACCCGCUCGGAGAGAAGUGGAAGGUGUGGUGAGAUACGGUUUCGUUUUGAGAGGUCCGUCAAUGGCGAGUGGGUGGGUGAAGUCGCUGCAAUGCAAGUCGAGAGCGUUCGAAGACGUUUACCAUCCGAACCCGAAAAAUCUGAUGAACAGCACGAGUUGCAGAAAGAGCGUUCAAAACAUCAAGGACGUCAUGGACUCUACAAAACCAAGAAAACCAAAGCCGUCGCCGCCGCCUGGUCCGCCGCCCAAGCGGUCCAAACCCAAACACCUGGGUCGACCCACAAAACCCGAGCCCAGUUCGAGCCCGACCCAACCAGUCCGAACCCGUCAGCCGCGACCCCACGACCCUUUCUUGCCGUCAUUGACGGAGCUCCCGGAGGACCACCCCUCGCGCAAUGUCGUCGAGAUUAUCUUCCACACCAGCUGGGGACCGAAGGCCUUUUCGGGUCGGAUCGAGAUGAUUUUUAAAGUCCAGAACGGGUCCAAGACCGUUGCCCGGUUCGAGGAGUACAGGGAGGUUGUGAAGGCGCGGUCCCGGGCCGCGUCCACAGGCGGGGCCCAGUGCGAGGAGGAGAAUGCGCGGUGCGUCGCGGACGGAAACGAGGUCAUGCGGUUCCACUGCCUCGGUCCCGCCAGCUCCGGCGUUGGGGUGUAUGACGCUUGCAGGGGAAUGUGGGGGUUUCACGGCGGAAAGGGAAAAGCGAUUUGCAAUUUUUCCGGUAGCGGCAUGGCCCACGAGAGCGCAGGUGCUGGUGGGGCCAGGGGACGGAGGGCGAUGCUGGUUUGCCGGGUCAUUGCGGGUCGGGUUUCGAAGCAGUUGGAGUUGGAGUCGUUGUUGGAUGGCCGGGUCGAGUUCGACUCGGUGAGCGGAGACAGCGGCGAAUUGCUGGUGUUUGAUUCACGCGCCGUGUUGCCGUGCUUUCUUAUCAUCUAUAAACUGUAAAAAUACAAUGUCCUUUUUUAAAGAAUUUGUCCCUUUUUCUAUUUAUUUGUGUUUUUUUUUUAUCACACCUUGUUCUUGCAUUUAUCAAUUCAAUUUUUUCUUUUUUUUUUGUUUUGGGUUUUUGAUAUUGUGGGUGUGAUUUAUGGAAAAAUUGAGUUGAUAAAUGCCUAAUUAACCAGUUUUCGGUUUUAA